AUGAGAUACUUUGGCUUCUUCUUCGCCCUCGUAGUGCCGUCGGUUGACGCCUUUCGGCCGACCUGCCACCGACGCGCGAAAGGAAGUGUCUUGCAAAACAGUUUCCAUGAGUUUCUCGACAAUGACAUUGUAGAGAGCCUCCAAGACAAACUCUCUGUUGUCGAGCCUAAUGAGGUUCAAGAUCAAGCUCUCAAAACGUUCUUUGCUACAGAGCACAAUGCCAUCAUUGUCUGUGCGCAAACUGGAUCUGGCAAGACAUUGACCUUUCUGCUACCCAUCAUACAAACCUUGCAAAAUAAUGCCAAUGCCAAAGCAUUGGUGGUGGCACCUACCAAUCUGUUGAUAGAACAGCAUCAAGCUGUUGCAGCUGCCCUCUUGGGAUCUUCCAAUACUAUCCUGGAUCGAAUUCAGUUUCGCAGUCUUUCCAGUCCAUUCUUGAAUGAUGAUGAUGGAGAAGACGACUUUGACGUCAUCGCAGUGGAUGAGAUUGAUGCUGUUCUCUACGGAGAAAGCAAAAUGGAUGAAGAAACGGAGCUUACUUCCAUCGGUCAAUAUGUCAUUGAAAAACUCGCUCCCAAAAGCCGCGUCUUGGGUACCAGCGCCUUCUUGUCGAGGGCGCACCAAAUGGCAUUGUUGGAGCAACACUUGCCAGACGUCGAAGUGUUGCGGGAACAGGGAGUGACAUCGACCCAAACACAAGUGCUAGUUCCUACACUUCGGCAAAAGUUCAAGUAUUUUUCGGGUAAUCGAUUGGAAAAACUGGUGGAUGUCCUGGACGAUGCAAAACGCGACGACUGGCUUUCUCAAGGGUCAACAAUGAUCUUUUGUGGAACUGUGGAACAAGCACAGGAAGUGUUUGACGCACUGGUGGUGGAAGCCGAUCUGGACGACGACAAUGCUGAUGAUACGAAUACUUUUGCGCUUGUCCAUGAACAGCUGGACCGAUCGGAGAUUCAUAGUCUCAUGACAAAGCUGCGACACGAUGCCAAUCAGCCCGCACAAUCUACUACCAUUCUAAUUUGCACAGACGUUGCGGCUCGUGGACUGGAUAUCCCCAACAUUCGCCAUGUGAUUCUACAUACAGUUCCAACCACUAACAGUGCCUUUAUCCACCAGGUUGGUCGCACUGCGAGGAAGGGUCAAGUCGGGCUGCUAACUUGCCUGGUCAACACAGCUUCCGGGGAUGCCCAGAAGUACACUCAUUUGCAUGCACUCAAAGCUGCUAGCGAGCUCUCCUUUCAAUCCUGGAAGCAAUAUAGUAAGGGCGUGCCCAAGAUCACUUUUAAUUAG